AUGAAUCCCACAAGCCAGUUCCUUGGCACAACAGAAUAUGACUAUGGAUACGAUGAAAACACUGCUCCGUGCAAUGAAGGAAACAGCAGGUUCAAAUCCCUCUUUCUGCCGAUCCUUUACUGCCUUGUGUUUGUCUUCUGCCUUCUGGGAAACUCCUUGGUCCUUUGGGUUCUCCUGACCAGGAAAAGGCUGACGACGAUGACCGAUAUCUGCCUGCAAAAUCUCCUCUUCGUUGUGCCUCUCCCUUUCCAAGCCCACUAUGCUUCAGACCAGUGGGUUUUUGGCAACACUAUGUGCAAAAUAAUGGCUGGCAUUUAUUACACAGGUUUUUAUAGCAGUAUUUUCUUUAUAACCCUCAUGAGCGUAGACAGGUAUAUAGCAAUUGUCCAUGCUGUCUAUGCCAUGAGGAUACGGACAGCCUCUUGUGGCAUAAUUAUCAGCUUAAUCCUGUGGCUGCUAGCUGGCUUGGCUUCUGUACCCAACAUCAUGUUCAACCAGCAGCUGGAAAUCGAGCAGUCUGUGCAGUGUGUCUCCACAUACCCCCCAGGCGACAAUACUUGGAAGGUCGUUUCUCAGUUCGCCGCCAAUAUCUUAGGCCUUUUGAUUCCCCUUAGCAUCCUCAUUUGCUGCUACGCCCAGAUACUGAAAAACCUGCAAAAAUGCAAAAACCGGAACAAGAUCAAGGCGAUCAAGAUGAUUUUCAUCAUCGUCAUUGUUUUCUUCCUCUUCUGGACUCCCUUCAACAUCGCGCUGUUCCUAGACUCCCUGCAGAGCCUGCACAUCAUCAAUGACUGCGAGGCGAGCUACCAGAUAGCCCUGGCCCUGCAGCUGACGGAAACCAUCUCCUUCAUCCACUGCUGCCUGAACCCCCUGAUCUACGCCUUUGCUGGAGUGACGUUCAAGGCCCAUCUUAAAGGACUACUCCAGUCCUGUGUCCGUGUCCUCUCCAGCCCUGUCGGAGGUGCAAGGGCUGGUCAGUCGUUUUCGGCACCCACCCAGCUCUCCGGCUGUUCUGACAGCGCAGGGGUCCUGUGA